AUGUCUCGUAUCAUUAUCAAAAACAUCCCUAACGGGUUCGAUGAGGCAAAACUUCGCAAUCACUUCAGCACGUGCGGCAUCAUCACGGAUGUGCAGUUAAAGUAUACACCGGAGGGUAAAUUUCGAAACUUUGGCUUUAUUGGCUUCGAAAAUGAGGAACAUGCGGAAAAAGCAAUCAAACACUUUAACAACAGUUUCAUUCGCACGUCCAAAAUAACGGUGGCACCGUGUGUGGCGCUGAGCGAAUCAAAGACCCUGAAAGUUUGGAGCAAACAUGCCCAAAAGCCGGCCGAACCGGUCGUGGAAAAGAGCAAAAAAGUGGUGAAAGAAAAAGUCAAACCACAGACGGCAAAGGAUGUGCUCAGCAAGUAUCAGGAUGAUCCACAGUUUCACGAGUUUCUGGACGCGCACAAACGGGCCGGCAAAUCGAUAUGGGACAACCAAUUUCAACAGAAAGAUGCGGAAACCAAGGAAAAAGCAUCUGACGCCAAACCAGCAAGCGAAGAUUCAGCCUGCGAAGUUGAACCUUCGGACGAAACGAAAUCUGGCGAUAAGAAAGCUCCAAAGAAGCCGAUUGCAUUGUUUGUGGCCAAGGUGCACAACAUACCGGCGUCAACAAAGCGGCAAGAUUUGAUACGAUUCUUCAAAACCGCCAAACCAUACUCGGUGCGGAUUCCACCGAAACAGAACGGGUUCGCCUACGUGGGCUUUAAAACGGAAUCCGAGCUAGCGAAGGCGCUGCUGAUGGACAAAAGCUUUCUCGGAGGAAAGCAGGUGAAAAUAUUUGAUUUUUCCGCACGCAGUGCCCAACAUGCCUCCGAAGCAAAUGGUCAACCGAAACAGGGCAAGCAAGCAAAGUGGGAUCGACAAAAGGCCAACGCGUCCACUGAGGCGAUUUGUGAGUCCGGUAAAAUGUUUUUUCGCAAUUUGGCCUACUCGGUGCAGGAAGAUGACAUACGAACGCUGUUUGAAAAGUACGGACCGGUGGCGGAGGUUGAUGUACCGAUCGAUUCCAACACACGCAAGAUAAGGGGCUUUGGCACGGUAACGUUCAUGAUUCCGGAACAUGCCAUCACGGCAUUUAAUGAGCUGAAUGGUACGUUCUUGCAAGGUCGCAUGUUUCACAUCUUACCAGCAAGAGUGUCCUCAGGCGAGAAGGCCGCCAAGGAUGAGGAAGACAAUACAGACGACUACCGAAAGAAGAAGGAACAAACACUGAAGAAAACGGCCCAAUCAAGCCACAAUUGGAAUACGCUCUUUAUGGGAGAGAAUGCCGUUGCCGAAGCGGUGGCCAAGAAGUAUGGUACUACGAAGGAACAAAUACUUGUUUCGUCCGAGGGCGACACGAGUGCGGCCGUUCGGUUAGCUCUCGGUGAAACGGAACUUGUGCUAGAAAUGCAAUCCUUUCUGCAGGAGCAUGGCAUUUCGCUGGAUGCAUUCAGCUCCAAUGAGACGAAACGUUCGAACACGGUCAUACUGGUGAAGAAUCUUGCUCCUGGUUGCACGAAGGAGGCACUGCGCAAACUUUUCGCACCGCACGGACUGUUGGGGCGUGUCGUGUUGCCACCGAGUGCCGUCACAGCCGUCAUUGAAUAUCUCGAUCCCAGCGAAGCAAGGAAAGCAUUCAAAAAGUUAGCCUACAGCAUGUUUUUGUCGUUGCCCUUGUACUUGGAAUGGGCGCCUAUAAACACGUUUACAUCGGCUCCACCAGCACCUUCCGAGGAGGCUAGUAUCGAUACAAAAAGCUCCGUACCGGCUGGUUCUGAAAAGGAAGAUGUCGACGACACAGAACCGGAAGAUGGCACGACACUGUUUCUUCGAAAUCUUUCCUUUACCACCAAUGAGGACGCAAUCCGGGAACGGUUCCGAAACGUCGGUACUAUUCACUCCGUACAGGUGGCGCGAACCAAGGAUCUCUCCGGCAGUGGACAGAACGAAAGCCGUGGUUAUGGUUUCAUUCAGUUUAAACGUCGUCAGACAGCGGAAUAUGCGCUAAAGAACCUGCAAUCGAUUGAACUCGAUGGUCGAAAGGUGGAACUGGUGCGCAGUGAUCGCACACUGCGUACGGCGGAAAAUGGGAACGAUCGCAAAAAGUCUAAAGCACCAAAACAAACGGGCAGCAAAAUUCUGGUCCGCAACAUUCCCUUCCAGGCAAGCGAGAAGGAGGUGCGCGAUCUGUUCAAACCCUUCGGUGACAUUAAAUCGCUUCGCUUGCCGAAGAAAAUGGCAGCCAGUGCGGAAGAAAGCCAUCGUGGUUUUUGCUUCGUGGAGUUCGUGGAAGCUGCUGAUGCAAAGCGUGCUUUCGAUACGCUGGGCCGCAGCACACAUUUGUACGGUCGUCGUCUCGUGCUGGAAUGGGCAGCACCGGACAACGAUGUGGAAGAAUUGCGCAAACGUACCGCGGUACAGUUUAGCAGCGACAAUGCUGGUGCUGGCGGUAAGCGAAUGGCUACCGGUAAGGCCGUUUUGUCGACGGAAGAGUUUAUCAACGCGAAGUCGGCCAACGAUGACGAGGACGAUGAUGGAUACGAAAAUGGUUUCUAA